GGGCGUGACGUCACCAGUCAGCUGAGUCAACACUCAACAACAACAACAGUGCUACGGCGGCGGCCACAAAGGAAAGGUUGCGUACACUCCCUCCCUGUCGUGCUGAGGACUUGUGGUCGUGCUGAGCGGUGCGGUGCGGUGCAGGAGGCGUGCAGGCCAUGAACGCGGCCAACCAUGGACAGUGUCACAGACGCCGCAGUUCGCGCGACGAGCGGCCCGACCACCUGAAGGGGGAGGCGGCGGGCGAGCAGCCAGGUGUGGGCCACGAGGCAGCGCUGGGCAGGGAGCUGCCAUGCCAGGGUGAGGACACGCCCCUGUUGGCCGAGGAGGCGCACGCCCCUGGCUCCCCCGCCAUGCGCAGGGUCAUGGCUGGGCAGCGGGCGGCGCGCCACACGCCGCGGUUCCGCUCCGGGUCGUGGUCUGGGGUCACGGAGAGCGAGGACGAGCUGGAGGGCAUGGCUCAAGUCCUCCAAAGCCAGUCAGUGCCUGAGGUGAAGGUGGUGGGUCCCGAGGGAAUCUGCCGAGAAUCUCACUAUGGGUCUGUGUCAUCUGGCCUCACCAGUGAAGGUGGACCCAUGGAUGACUCCACAACCACCAACACAACUGCCCUGCUCCAUCCCAAUGUGACACCCAACAGGAUGAGGCGUCGGCUCAAGUUCUUCUUCAUGAAUCCUGUUGAGAAGUGGCAUGCUAGAAGACGCUUUCCCUGGAAACUGCUUCUUCAAGUGUUUAAGAUAGUUGUUGUGACAGCACAGUUAUGCCUCUUCGCUCAGCAGCGGUACAGUCAUGUAGACUAUCUAUGGGACACCAAGGUCUCGUUUUCUCACCUGUUCAUCAAGGGCUGGGAGAGCACCAGAGAGAUACAAGUGUACCCUCCAGGGACAGGUCCUCUAGCUGUUUACGAAAAGCAAGAGUUUUAUGCGUAUUUAGAUUAUGCCAUCAUAACAUAUGCCAACAUCAACGACAAGGCCAUUGGAACGUAUUCCUACAAGUACAAAGAUGGGGAACUAGUGUUGCCAACCCUGUGUAAUUCCCACUAUGCUGGCGGUCAUGUCUUCCUCAACAAUAAUACAUAUAUUCUCAGUGACAACAUCACCACAUCUUGCAUAAAUAUCCCUGUGGAGGAGGUCAAUGCAACAGACUGGUCCAUUGAAACCUACUUGGAACAGAACAACUUCACCAUAAACUUUGACCUGCUCCUCAACACUGAGUUCACCUUCCACCUUCGCACCAUAAAGCUGAGAGUCAACCUGCCGUUUGACACCCCAGAAUGCUAUGGUCUCACAGGGAAGAUAGUGUUCAACAACCAUGAUCAUGACGGGCAAAUGGUUGUGGACCUGGACUUGGGGGCACAGGUGCUGGAGUGUCAUGGCUCAGUUAUGCUGGUCUCUGAGGCACACACACUCAAGGUGUGGCGGAUGGUCAUCAACAUUACAAGCAUCAUCAUCUGCAUCAUUUCCCUCAUCAUGUGUGUGCGUGCCAUGUACCGCGCACAGCUGCUCAGGAAGACAACAGAGACGUUCUUCAGCCGACACUUUGGGAAGGAAUUGAGCUUUGAAGAACGCAUGGAAUUUGUCAACUUGUGGUAUUUGCUCAUAUGCAUCAACGACAUCCUCAUAAUCUUGGGCUCCUUCCUCAAAAUUGGCCUGGAGAGUAAGCUGUUACAUCAUGAGGAUGUGAGCUAUGAAGGCUACCUCGACACCUGGAAUGUUUGCUCGCUCUUCUUGGGGUUGGGCAACUUGCUGGUGUGGUUUGGGUGUUUCUUGUGUUAA